CUACUCUUCUUUUUCUUCCCCCUGCAGCCGAACAAGAAGCAAGCCCGACAACACCCAGCCCUUGAGAAAUCGAAAAUCCCGGAUCUGCUCUGUUCUUCCUUCCCUGCUGCUGAUUUCAGCUUGGUGAGGGUGGGGAUUUUUUGAUUUUCUGCCCCGUGAGCUUCACCUGCAGAUUGUCGCCGGCCCUCCCCAAGCCACAGCUCCGGUUUUGCUAGGAAAAUUCUGGUAUGUUGACAGCUCCUCCAAGCCUAAAAUUAUCCAUUUAAUUUGCUGUCUUGUGAUGUCCGAAAUUCUGCAGAAAAUGGGGAUGAAUUCCGGUAUCUUUAGGACAAAAUUAAGCAUUGAUUCAAGUGGGAUUUAUGUGAUUAAGUGUUAAUUGAUUGUUAUGAGAUUUUGGAGAGAAAUCCCGUGAAUUAGCUAAUGUUUUGGCCAAUUUUUGGAAGUUGCAGUACUGUUCACGGCGUGAGCACUGUUCACGAUACUAAUAAAUUUGGAGAUGUCCGAUCAUGUGAAGAUUGAUAGAAAUAGUAUCAUGAUUAGGGGUAGUCAUGGUGAUUUUACUUUUGAAUCCAUGUCACAUAAUUAAUUUUUGGAUAUUUUGAUUAGGUUCUUGAUCGUUCUGUUAGUUUAGCACUGAGAUCGAGUCUUCGGUUUUAUGCAAGUGAGGUAACUAAAUUUAUGGUAAUACCCAUACAGUUUUUAAAAGCAUGUUUUAACUUGUUUUGAAGUGGUGGCGAGACUAAACCCGUUUUAUACAAAAGUAAGUAUGAUUGAUUUGAAGUGAAAUUUUUAUGCUUUUCAUUAAAUUGAGCAUGCCUACUUAAAAUUUAAUUGAUUGUCCUGAUGAUCUGAAAGUGAUUGGUGAAUUAUGGUUUUUCUGUUAACUUCUGCCUGUUUUGUCUCCGAUGUGGUCAUGUUAUUAGUGACCCUGCUAAUGGGGGUUAUAAAUGCUAGCACAUGUCAACAUGUUAUUGAUAGAUUCGGUUCGUUCGAGUGACCCUGCUAGUGGGAGUUAUACACCAGCAAAUAGUGCGCCUACCAAUGCGCGAAUACACUGGAAGCGAAACCGAGAACAGGGAAACCACGGGCAGUGACUGUCAUAACUCAAAUUUUAGUAGAAUUUUCUUUUAUUUUUAUUUUUAUUUUUAUUUCAUCUAAUAUGUUUUGUCUUUAUUUUACUUGUUAGGUUCAUUCAAAGAAAAAGGGGGAGGGCAAAAAGGAAAUUUUACGAAGAAGAUUGGAAAAGAAGAUGAGAAAAAGGACUCAAUUGAAGAAAUGGAAAGUUGGAGGGGUGAAAUGCAAAGUCUACCCAAAACCCAUCAAACCCAAUCCAAAACCCACCAAACUCAAACCCAAUUACCCAAAACCCAAAGCCUACCAACUACCCAAGCCCAAAAUCCCAAAAUCCCAAAACCAAAAAUUACCCAAAAAUCCAAAACCCAAGCCUACCAACUACCCAAGCCCAAAAUCCCAAUACCCAUUUAACCCAAACCCAAAAAAAAGAAAGAAAGAAAAAAAAAGAAGGUGUCUGGAACCUUCUCUUUCCCCAUCAAAUUUGUUUUCUUCCCCAUCAAAUUUGUUUUUUUCCCGAACCAGCUCACGCCCUGCGCCCUGCGCCCUGCGGCCCGAACCCAGGUCCCCUGCACGUCCGAGCCUCGCCCCUGCACCAGCCUGCGCCCUUGCUCCCUGCUCUACGCCCGACGUGCCUCCUGCGCCCAGAUCCCACGCAAUCAUCACUCCUGCACCUGCUCUGCACCGAAUCUGCAUCAAUCUCGCCCCUGCACUGCGCCAGCCUUCCUCUGCACCAAAUCCCCUUGCCGCCUGCUGCGCCGAACCCGCGUUGCUUGCACGCCUGCACUCUGCGCCAGCAAUCAUGCCCUCUGCACCGAGCCAUGCCCCUGCCUCUGCUCGCUACAGUACAUGCCAGAAAAUCUUCAUCAUUAUUGAUUGACAGAGCAAGGCUUUUUUUUAUUAUUUUUAUCUUUUAUUUGGGUAUAUAUAUAGAGAAAAAUCAGAUUGAAAGGGGGGUUGGUUAGUUUUUUGAAGUUUGAUAGAGAGGAGAGGUCGGUAUUGAUUUUAUGGUUGGUUGAUUUUGGGUCUGUUUUGUUGGGGAGUUUCGGCUGAGCUUCGAGAGCAAUAGAAGGGGUUUUUCUUUGGUUUGAGCUUGGUGCUGACGGCGGUUGAAAGGGAGGCUAAUUUCUCUGUGUUUGCUUCUACUUUAGGUAAUUUCUUAACAGAGGAGCCUUCUGGGAAUGGUGGUGAAGGGGACGAUGGGAGCCUGGUCCCGUGGGUGGGAUCCCUCCCAUCAGAUCUGGAUCCAUCUUACCCAAAAAGCUCUGCCGUGGGUGUUUUUCUUAUUUUGGUGAAUAUUUCUGCAUCUUUUUGUUUAAUGUUCAAGCCUGUACAUGUUCCGUUUGAAAUUGAAUGAAAAAUCAAAAAAAAA